AUGACUCCCGCUCCCAACGGUACAAACGGCACUGCCACCAAUGGCACAAACGGCCACGCCAACGGUGCCUCUGCCUCCUCCUCCAAGUUCGACCCCCACUUCACACAACAUGUCAUCGACCUCAUGAGCCCCGAGACCAAGCCCAGACACCGUGAGAUUCUGACCUCUCUGAUCAAGCACAUGCACGACUUUUGCAGAGAGGUUGAGCUCAAGCAGGAUGAGUGGAUCCUCGGUGUCAACUACAUCAACUCUCUCGGUCAGGCUUACAAGAAGAACCGUAACGAGACAUGGCGAGUGUGCGAUAUCCUGGGUAUCGAAUCCCUCGUUGAUGAGAUCAACCACAAGAUCGAGACUGCGGAUGGUCGCGCUCCCACAUCGUCUACUAUCCUUGGUCCCUUCUGGUCCCCUGAGACUCCUUUCCGUGACCUCGGUGCCAGCGUAGUCCAGGAUAUGCCCAAGGACGGUCAGCUCACCUUCUUCCACGGUGUCAUCCGUGAUGUCGACACUGGCAAGGGCAUUCCCAACGCCGUCUUCGACAUGUGGCAAGCCAGCACCAACGGCAAGUACGACGCCCACGACCCCGAGAACCAGUCUCGUCACAACCUCCGUGGCAAGUUCCGCACCGAUCAAGAUGGCAAGUUCUGGUUCUACUGCCUCAAGCCCACCGAGUACGCCAUCGACACCUCUGGCCCCUCUGCCGAACUGCUCAAGAUCAUGGGACGUCACCCUUACCGCCCUGCUCACAUCCACAUGAUGGUCACACACGACGACUACAUCGGUGUCACCGCUCAGCUGUACCCCAGCGACGACCCUUAUCUCGAGACCGACACUGCCUGCGCUGUCAAGGAUGAUCUGCUCCUCACCUUCAAGCCCGUCGAGAACGAGCCCAACGGUGCUAUCCUCGACGUCGAGUACAACGUCCGCUUGAUCUCCAAGAAGUACAAGCCCGACUCCACUAUGCUGAUGGAGAAUGCGGAUCAAGACAAGUUUUAA